UACCUAAUUCCAUCCGAAGUUAAUUUCUUAAUUAGUUUUUGCACAGCUGCGCUAAACAGGAAAAGGGCUUGAUCAGCUGACUGAUAGUACGGACCUAGAUAGUACGGACGACAGCACUUCAAGCUUAACAUAGUGGGUCUUAUCUCGUUGUAAUACAGGCUAUUUUGUAACAAAAAUGUAUAAUCUAAUGUGCUCUGGUCUACACCUUGAAUCGUGCGCAAUCAAUAAAACUGCCAGCGGCCGUGACCGUGACACACAGUUCACAAUCAACAGUGAACGGGAGUGAAUGUGUUGACUUGUCGCUAAAAUGUCACAAACACCGCGAGUUUGGCGAAAAUUCACAGUAAAAAGUAAAGAUGGUGAAUUAAAACUACGUAUUCAGGACAUGCCGAGUGAUCGUUUGGACGAUCUUAACGAUAUCUUUUUGAAAUAUUUCGUUACGGAAGAGACAUCCCACAAAGCAGCAGGUAUACAUAAAAGUGAAGAAGCUCUGGCGGAAUCAAGAGAAGUAUUCGUCACAGAUGUGUCUACUGACAUUGCUAAGAGUCCACACAAGUUAAUAAUAAUUAUAUGUUGUUUAGAUGAAGAUCCUGAAGUUGUUGGAGAAAUUAUUGGAGCGUCUAUGACAAUAGUCGUUAAGAAGGACGACCCUGAAGAAGAUAUGAAUUUCACGGAUAAAAAGACUAAAACUAAGGAGGUGGCAGCUUUGUUUGCAAUAAUAGAUAUACUUUUUUCAAAAUACGACGUGAUGAAGGAUCUGAAUCUCGACAGUUUCCUUGAUGACAGAGGAGUGGUAAUAAAUCCAAAAUAUAGAGGUCUUGGAAUUGCUCAAAUGUUCUUCAAUGUCAGGCGCCAGAUAUGCCAUAACCUUGGAAUACCUCUCACUGGAGCCUGGAUGACGUCAGCAGGCUCUCAGAAGGCAGCAGCCCGUGAUGGAUGGGAAACAGUCUUCGAGAUUCCAUACGAAGAAUUCGGGAAAGAAGCUGGAGUCGUGUUUGAAGAUGUACCACCUUCCUGUAAAUUUAUGACCGCCAAGCCAUUAUCGAUCUAGUCGUAUUUAAGCUCACUUUAUUGGAGUUUUUAUUCUGUACUAGUAAAUUAUUAUGAACCCUGUACUCUCAGGGUAGCAUUGAGGCUACUUCUGCGAAAAUUAAAACCUUACCAAAGAAA